CGGCUGCCGCGGCGGAGCAGCAGCGGGAAGGCGUGUGGAGCCGCCGUCGCAGCUGUGCCGGCGGGGGAAGGCUCCCCGCAGCCCCGGGGGUGCCCCCAGCAGGGCCGGGGGUGCGGGCGGGCCCCCCACCAUGGCCUUCACCAUGCUGCGCCCCGUGGCCGCCCGCGUGCUCUACCCCGACCUCAGCAUGCUGUCGGAGGACGAGGAGAACCGCAGCGAGAGCGACACGUCGGACCAGUCGUUCGGCUGCUGCGAGGGCGCCGAGGCUCGCCGCAAGCUGCCGCGGAAGCCGGGGCCGAUGGUGAUGGUGAAGCAGAGGCAGGCGGCGAACGCACGGGAGCGGGACCGGACCCAGAGCGUCAACACGGCCUUCACCGCCCUGCGGACCCUCAUCCCCACCGAGCCCGUGGAUCGGAAGCUGUCCAAGAUCGAGACGCUCCGCCUGGCCUCCAGCUACAUCUCCCACCUGGCCAACGUGCUGCUGCUGGGCGAGGGCUGCGAGGACGGGCAGCCCUGUUUCAGUGCCAUCUAUGGCGCCAAGGGCGACCUGGACAGCAAACAGCCCCGCAGCAUCUGCACCUUCUGCCUCAGCAACCAGCGGAAAGGGGGCAGUCGGAGGGACCUCGGGGGCAACUGCCUGAAGGUGCGAGGGGUGACGCCCCUGCGAGUGUCGCGGAGAUGAGCCGGGCUCCGGCAGCACCCGCCUGACACAGCGGCAGAGGCAGACGGAGCCCGCACACGCCAGCCCAGAGACCGCAGCGGGGAGGGAGGGAGCUGCUCACCUGAGGUGGCAGCGGCCGAGCCCAGGCUGGCACCACACCGACACUGGCCCUGGAGCCGGCAGCGGGGCGGGAGGACGCUCCCGUGGCCGAGGCUGCCCAGGCGGGGCAGGGCCGGGGAGGGGGUCCCCGCGCCCCGGGGCUGGACUGGAAGGGUCUGUGUGCGGCCGGCGUCGGGGCGCUCCCGGGGGACGGCGUCGUGGCCCUGGGGAUGCUGG